AUUAAUGAAAAAUAUAAUUGCAGCCACAUUGACUACUUUUCUAAUUGGUUUGGGUUACUACCAAGAAAAUUUAGAUUCUGCUUCUGAUUUUGAAAGAUGGGCUUUGAAACAUGGCAAAAGCUAUUAUGGAGAUGAGAAAAUUUACAGAUAAACAAUUUAUUAUCAAAAUAAAAAAACGAUUGAUGAACAUAACAAAAGAACAGAUGUUACCUAUUUAAUGGGAGAAAAUCAAUUUAUGACAAUUACCAAUGAAGAAUUUAUCAGACUUUAUUUAAAUACUAAAUCGCCCGAAUAAUAAAAUAAUUAAAAUAAAGUUAUAAGGAAAAAUAUUCAUAAAUCUCUUGAAACAAUUAACAAAGAAAAUAAAAAAUGGCCAAUUGAUUGGAGAGGUAAGGUCAAAGUAAAAAAUUAAGGAUCUUGUCCUUCUUCCUAUGCAAUGUCAGCAACUAGUCAAGUGGAAGCAGAAUAUGCAGUCUUAAAAGAAACAUCUCUAACAUUAUCAGCACAAUAAAUUAUGGAUUGUCAAACCAUGUUUCGUGGAUGUGAUCCUAAUUAUGAUGGAAAUACUGCUUGGGAUGCAUUGAGUUACAUUGAGAAUAAUGGAUUAUAUCCGGAAUCCUCAUAUCCAUACACUGGUAGAGACCAAUGGUGUUAAGUAAAUACUGGUGGACCUUGGAAGAUCAAAAAUCGCUGGAGGACUUUUUCUACUACGGUUUAAGAGUUACAAAGCGAUCUUUAUUUUUAUUAUCCUUAUUUAGUUGUAGUUGAUGCUACUAAAUGGUAAUUCUAUGGUUCUGGUAUUUUUUCUGAUUGUAGUUCUGAUGUAAGUCAAGGAAAGUAUUAUGCAUUAGUUGUUGGUUUUGAAGAUAUUUGGUUUGUUCAACCAUCUUUUGGAACUGCUUGGGGGGAAUCUGGAUAUAUAAGGUUGGCACCAGGAAACACUUGUGGUAUUUUAAAUUUUGUUUAUCAUGUGGAUUUGUAUUGAUUAUCAUAAAACCAUUUAGCAUAAAACAACAAAUUCACCCAAUCUCCAAAUAAGAAUCAAUUCAAUAAGAAAACCUUUCAAAUUCUGUAUUAAUUCCCUUCCUAAAUUAUUUAUGA